AGACAGAUUAUUGUAAUUUCUCAUGCGCUUCCAUUGAGUAGUGUUGACACUUGCCCACACGAUUGUGCUGAACCAACAGAAACCACGCAACACCUAAGCAUAUAACCUCAAAACACUUGCUCUGCAUUCUGUUCUGAGGCAUUCGCGCGUCUCCAGUGUGCCAGUGCCACUGCCAGUCCGUCUGCUCAGUACUCCUGUUUGGUUUUCGUCUUUAAAUCCUUCUUUAUUUCUUGUGUGCAUUAUUGAGUGGUCUUAAACAACUGUCAAUUACACAUCUACUUUUAAUUUUUUAUUCUGAUAAGUUUCACUGCUAUUUAACAAUGGUGAAAUUGCGUCAGAUGGUAAUGGGAACCGCAACAGGGCCCGGCUCAGCAAGGGGAUGAUUUCAUCAUGCCUGGCUCCACAGUGCGUGCUAAAGUCUCCAAAGGUGUUCGAGGAGCGACGGCUCCCGUCUCAGAAAGGCAGCAGCUGGCACUCCUGAUGCAGAUGACAUCCGAUGACAACCAAGGACCAGGACCUGGAUCGGGGCCCUCCGAGGUGGGCGGCGGUGGCAGCGGCGGCAGCGCGGUGGUGGCGGCCGUCACCAGCCCCGCGGCCAACCCCUCGCCGUCGAGGUCCAGGGCGCGCAACGAGCGCGGGGAGACGCCGUUGCACCUGGCCGCCAUCCGCGGCGACCUGUCGCAGGUGGAGCGGCUCCUGGAGGCCGGCGCCGACCCCAACGUGGCGGACUUCGCGGGUGAGUGUGCGCCGAAGUUCGGCGCCGUGGUGUCCUGCUUGGAGUCCCCGAUGGAAAUCCUGUUCCAGGGCGACCCGCACCCCUCACAGGAUUGCCUACCCGCCGGGCGGUAUACGUCCGCCAGCGCCAAGCUCGCCAAGCCAGAGUCUUUGCAGACGUCGGAAUGUGUCAGAUCUCAAAUUACGGCCGUAUGGCGCACCUUGCCUGGGAGCGGCAGAGAUCGGCCUCCCCGCUGA